AAAACGUUUGAGCAGGUUUUUACCCGUGUCUACUUCGGUGAUUGUUCAAAAUGGUGACCGCCAAGAAACAGAAAAAGGCUUUGGAGAGCAUCAACUCUCGCCUGGCGCUGGUGAUGAAAUCGGGAAAAUCCUGCCUCGGUUACAAGCAGACGCUCAGAACGUUGCGCCAAGGAAAGGCUAAGCUGGUUAUCAUUGCCAAUAACACGCCACAUCUCCGCAAGUCGGAAAUUGAGUACUACGCCAUGCUGGCCAAGACUGGCGUGCAUCACUACAACGGCAACAACAUUGAGCUGGGAACGGCUUGCGGUAAAUAUUUCCGCGUGUGCACCCUCUCGAUCACCGACGCCGGAGACUCCGAUAUUAUUCGCAGCCUGCCGGAAGCCCAAGCCGGUGGUCAGUAAAGGAUGACGGGGGUGUAAAUAUCCUGCUUGUUGUCUUAUUCCAUUAUAUGGGACUGGACAGUGAGUAGUGUAAAAAAAUAAAAUAAAGAAAUGCUGUCCUUGCGGAUUUCCACAGAUAAAGCAGGAUUGUC